AAUUCAUGUUCAAUCCAAUAGAAUUAGACCCGAAUUUUGAUAAAUCGGCCAUUUCUCACCAAAAUCUCUCCUACUUGUGAAUCCAUAAACCCUAACCCCUAACCCUUCUCCCUCUGUCUUUCUCACACAGAACGACCGCCAUUCUUCUCCUUCAAAUAGCUACUUUUCUCUCUUCAUUUUUUAUCAAAACCAAAAAUGGUGAAGAAAAGCAAAAAGAGUAAGAGUAAUAGGGUCUCAUUGAAGAAGAAGUAUAAGAUUAUAAAGAAAGUGAAAGAGCAUCACAAGAAGAAAGCUAAGGAAGCAAAAAAACUUGGAAUUAAUAAGAAGAGUAAGAUUGAAAAGGAUCCUGGUAUUCCUAAUGAUUGGCCUUUUAAGGAGCAGGAGCUUAAAUCUCUCGAGGUUAAACGUGCUAAGCUCGUCGAAGAAAAGGAGCAGAAGAAAGCUGCCCGUAAAGAAAAGGCUCAGAAAAGAAAGUUAGGAUUACUUGAGGACAACACUGAGGAGCAACCUGCUGAGGAGGUUAUAGAAGCAGAUCCAGCCAAAGAAUUCAUUAGAAACCGAGAUAAUUCUGACAGGGCGUUUUACAAGGAGCUAGUCAAGGUUAUUGAGGCAUCUGAUGUUAUUUUGGAAGUUCUUGAUGCCCGUGAUCCCCUUGGUACUAGAUGUGUAGAUAUGGAGAAAUUGGUUCUUAACUCGGGUCCCAGUAAGAAGCUUGUUUUGCUGUUGAAUAAAAUUGAUCUUGUACCUCGUGAAGCUGUUGAAAAAUGGCUAAAAUAUCUUAGAGAAGAACUACCAGCAGUGGCCUUUAAGUGCAGCACCCAAGAGCAAAGAUCAAACUUGGGGUGGAAGUCCUCAAAGUCCUCAAAGGCUGCUAAACCUAGCAACAUUUUGCAGACCAGUGACUGUCUUGGAGCAGACACUCUAGUUAAGUUGCUUAAAAAUUACUCAAGGAGUCACGAGAUCAAAAAGUCAAUAACUGUUGGCAUUGUGGGGCUACCCAAUGUUGGAAAGAGUAGUCUCAUCAAUAGUUUGAAGAGAAGCCAUGUUGCUAAUGUUGGUGCAACUCCUGGAUUAACAAGGUCUCUGCAAGAAGUUCAGUUGGACAAGAAUGUCAAGUUGAUGGACUGUCCUGGAGUUGUUAUGCUUAAAUCUGGGCAGAGUGAUGCAACUGUAGCCCUUAGAAAUUGCAAACGAAUUGAAAAGCUUGAAGAUCCUAUUGCACCAGUGAAGGAAAUCCUAAAUCUUUGCCCUGCCCAAGUGCUAGUCACAUUAUACAAGGUCCCUAGCUUCGAUACAGUUGAUGACUUUCUGUUCAAGGUGGCCACUGUCAGGGGAAGACUUAAGAAAGGUGGUAUUGUAGAUAUUGAUGCAGCUGCAAGGAUUGUUUUGUACGACUGGAAUGAAGGUAAAAUUCCUUAUUAUACUAUGCCUCCAACAAGGAACCAAGGAGAAGUACCUGAUUCCGAAACUAGGAUUGUUACUGAACUUGGUAAGGAGUUCAAUAUAGAUGAGGUCUACGGAACUGAAACUUCUUUCAUUGGAAGCUUGAAGUCGGUUGAUGAUUUCCAAACUGUUGAGGUUCCACCAAAUUGCCCAUUGAACUUUGAUCAACAGAUGAUCGAGGAAGAUCAACAAGCAUCAAUACAAAACAAGGUAGCCAUUGAUUUAAAUGUAAACGGCGGGGAUGAAGUUAUGGAAGCUGAAGAUGAGGAAACAGGAAACACCAAGGUAAAAAGCUCAGCAAGCAAGCAAAACGAGAAGCUUUAUGAUGAAGAAGGAAUGCUCAACACAAAAAAGAAGCGAGCAGAAAAGAAAAAACGAAAGAAGGUCAGCAAGCAAGUUGCAUCAGAGGAUGCUAUGGAUGGUGAUUACGAUUUCACAGUGGAUUUCAAGCAAGGAGGAUCGUCCAUGAAAGUUGAUGAAGAUGACGAUGAGGAUGAAAUCAAAGCAGAGGUGCCAAUGGCUGGUAUAGAGUUUGACGAUGAGUGAUAAUAAGUCGAUUGAUCUCUUUGAUUCAUUGUCUCACCCUAAAUUUUUGAUAGUAUACAUUAUUUCAGAAGAAAUUGUUGUAGACGAAGAAUGCAAAAUAUUCAAAGUUGAUAUGCAUAGUGAAAGUUUGUUCCUUAAAUGUUUGUUUCAUUGAUAUUACUUUCCGGAUCCA